AUGGUGGGGAACGGUCAGAAGCUGCGAGGAUUCGUAAUUACCGGCGGUGUUUCGAGGAAUGGCGCAUUGCGCCAACAAUUCGAAGGCGUUUGCCAGAGGCAAAACAUACCGAUCUACUACCCGGAGCCAUCGCUGUGCACCGACAACGGCUCAAUGAUAGCGUGGGCAGGCAUUGAAAUGUACAAACGCCAGAUGUUUACAAAACCAGACGACGCAUUCUAUCUGCCUGUCUGGCCACUUUCCACCGAGCGAAUAUUCCAAUCGACACUCAAAGAGAAAGAUAAGAAAAUACGUGAAAGUUGGUAUAAAGAUGUCGUUGACAAGUAUGGUCCUGGAUCGACACCACCUCCAUCAACCAACCAACAAACCAAUUAA